CUGUCGUCACAUUUGGUGACAGAAAAAGAGCCCAGCUCCCUUCCCUCUCCUCUCUUUGACAUUACUCGCAAUCCAUCUUUUCUAUGUCUCGUCGAUGACCCAGAACCUCGGUCCCAUCAUGGGCGGCUCUUCUCCCCUCCCCCUCAGUCUGCAGAGCAAGUUCCAGCGAGCUCGAGCUGGUCAUUUGGCUCGCCUACGGGACUACCAGGGCAAUUUCAACAUACUCCGCAAUAUAAUCUUCAUCUUCUUCGUCCUCCGCAUCCUCCGGCGGUCCUUCUACUUCCUACGCGGCCACGGCCUGCUCGGUUCUCUCGCUCUUUUCUACCACACCACACACAAAACCCUAUACAAAAUCUUCCUCAACCUUCCCGGUGUACGGUCAAAGGUCUCCAAACAACUUGACGCUGCACGAAAAGAUCUCGAAGAUAAACUUGCCCCGACCGGUCCCGGCGUGAACCGGUACUUGCACCUCCCGAAGGAGCCAUGGACCAAGGAUCAGUUACACACCGAAUUGGAGACCUUGGCGUCCAUGAAACGUACGCGGUGGGAGGAAGGCAAAGUUUCAGGUGCGGUCUACCACGGCGAGCAAGAGCUGUUGGACAUCCAGUUCCAGGCCAUGCGCUUCUUUAGCGUGUCCAACCCCAUCCACGCGGAUGUGUUCCCCGCCGUCCGCAAGAUGGAAGCUGAAAUCGUGGCGAUGGUCCUCGCCAUGUUCAACGCCCCCGGUACAGGUGCUGGCGUGACUACCUCGGGAGGCACCGAGUCGAUCCUGAUGGCCUGCCUGUCAGCCCGGCAGAAGGGCUAUGCAGAGAGGGGAAUCACAGAGCCGGAAAUGAUCAUUCCGCAUACCGCACACGCGGCCUUCCACAAGGCAGCAUCAUAUUUCAAGAUCAAGCUACAUGUUGUCCGCUGUCCGGCGCCCGAGUACAUGGUCGACAUCUCUCGCGUUCGCCGCCUGAUCAACCCCAAUACAAUCCUCCUUGUGGGCAGUGCCCCGAACUACCCGCACGGGAUCGUGGACAACAUUCCCGCCCUCUCGAAACUUGCCGUGACAUACAAGAUCCCAUUGCACGUGGACUGCUGUUUGGGAUCCUUCCUCAUGCCGCACCUCUCCAAAGCCGGGUUUCCCUCACCAUUUGCCGAGGAAGGAGGAUUCGAUUUCCGUCUCCCGGGGGUAACAUCCAUCUCCGUGGAUACGCACAAGUACGGCUUCGCUCCCAAGGGAAACUCGUGCGUUCUGUACAGAAAUAGACAGUUGCGGGAAUAUCAGUACUUCAUCUGUCCCGACUGGUCCGGUGGCGUCUACGGGAGUCCCUCUAUAGCUGGCUCCCGGCCCGGAGCGCUGAUCGCCGGAUGCUGGGCCAGUAUGAUGGCCGUGGGCGAAAAGGGGUAUAUUGACGCCACAAACAAAAUCGUGACCACGAAACAAACGAUCGAAAACGCCGUGAAGGAACAUCCUGUCCUGAAAUCAACAUUGGGGGUAUUGGGCAAACCCAUGGUCAGCGUGGUGGCGUUUGAGUCGCUCGACCCGCAAAUCUCAAUCUACGACAUCGCCGACGCCAUGUCCAAGCGGCAGUGGCAUCUCAACUCGCUCCAAGAUCCGCCGGGGGUCCACGUUGCCGUGACCUUGCCCAUGACACGACCCGGGGCCGUGGACGGGAUGAUUGACGACCUCGUCGCGGUGGUCAAGGAAGAGAAGGAGAAGAUUGUGAGUCAACAGGUCACCGGCAGUGGAGUUGUAGGGGGUGCGGUGGUCAAGAAGCAGAAGGCCAAAGGCACCAGUGCACAAUUAUACGGCGUCGCGGGGAGUCUCCCGGACAAGAGCAUCGUGGAGAAGAUCGUCGUGGCAUAUUUGGAUACGUUAUACAAGGCAUGAGGAGAUCUUGUUCGUACCUACGCACGUAGGUGUGGUAUGGAUGGGCUAUGGCAUGGCUGGGGCAUCUUCUCUUGCACGUUCCCUAUUGUUACCGUCUAGGGGUAGGAUUCCGAGGAAGGCUAUGACACUGUCACUCGACCUCCUUUUAUCUUUACUGUCCCCUCCUGCUUUUUGAUUCUCCUUCUCCUUCUGUCCCGCCAAGUCUCUUGAUCUGCGUGGCAUAUCUCCAGCGAGCGAGCUAGCAAGCGAGCAUUAGCAUCAAGCAUAGUCCUUUGCGAGUGACGAGAAGACAAAAACUACCAUGUAGCAAUGUAUUUGGAAUCAAAUUUUGCGUGUGUUUGAAGGAUCCCGAAAAGUUGGCGGAAUGUCACCGGAUCAUAUCCUCGCGCUCUCAGCUAUGGGUCGCCAAACAUACAAACUUAGUACAUAACCAGGCACAUAACGAGGAACAUAGUUACUGGGUAGGUUCAUAGGGAAAAGCAGACUUGGU